CUGAACUAGAAUGAUCGAUAUUUUUUUAUGAUUUGCAGGAGACUUUCUGUUUUUGCACGUUUUUCUCUUUUUUCUUGGGACAACAAGUUUUCUUGAGCACUACGCAUUGUGCACCCAGCGCCAUCAUGUCCAAAAAAGAGGCGAUGUCUGCAGGGCCGUCCACCAGUGCUGUCCGUCCAGUCGGAUUGGAUCCAACGCCGUCCAAGGAAAGCCUGCUUCUGAUAACAUCAGACACCGCUGAAACAAUCAGUGAGCGCUUUAAGGCGAUGAUGGAGGACUUCUGCCUUGCGCACAUCUACAAGUUCAAGUAUCUGAGCAAAUCCUACAUCGGCAUCCUUGUCCAGUAUCCUGAGGGCAAGUCGGGAAAAGUGAAAGAAACAGUCAAGCAGAAGCGAAAAAUGAGUGCCUUCCAGUCUAAAGUCAUCCCGGAGCACACUUUCAUCAACCCAAUGAGAGCGUUUCCGAGUGAUCUGCAAAAAGUUCUGCCGGAUUUGGUAGACAUGCUCGAUGUGGCUAAACAGCGAUGGCCCAGUGUCGCGGACAUUUCGUUUGCCAAUUUUUACGCUGGUUUUGCCGCGGACCGUGAAGUGAUCACCCUGGAGCAUGCGCCGCGGGACGUGUUCGCGGAUUAUGCCGAAGAUGGCUCCGUCCCGAAAAAGCCGCCCAAGAAAGCCGAGAAUCCACCGUCCAAAUAACUUCGGCAGGGGCGGUGAUUACAUACACUAUAUGAAUUGCAGUUCUUGAUUGUACUCUAGAAAUAUUUCACAAAUAAAUGUUAUCGCCAGUGUUAUCUGUACAAACCACCGUUAUUGAGCUGAAAC